CUUUCCUCCAGGUCACCGCUGCUUCGACAUAGAGCUGAGUCUGCAGCUCCUGCACACGGCUCUGUCUGUGGACGCUCCUGUCUCUCCUCACUGGGUGUUGGGCUGCUCUCCCUUCCCCCUCCUCUAUGUCCUCGCCCAGCUGCUAAACCAGACUCUCAGGUGCUGGGAUCAGACACCAGAGGGCGCUGUGCAUCGCUGGUCCAUGGACACCAAGGAGCUGCUGGAGGCUUUGCUGACCCGGCUGGGGCGGCUGGUGGGGGCAGAGGUGGCAGCGUCCCCCAGCAGCUGGUCCAGAGCUCUGUUCUGGCUCUACCACAAGAUGGAGAGACUGGACUGGACCAUUCGCUUCCACCUCAAGCCCGUCUGGGAGGAUCACUUCAAAAACGAGGUUCCUGCCUCUCUGCUGACUGUGUGUGAUCUGCCGGAGCAGGACUGGUCCGGGGUGGAUCUGCCUCAGUACGGACAGGGCACCGGGCUGCUGGCCUGGAUGGAGUGCUGCUGUGCGUCAGACUCCCUGAGGACCACCAUGCUGUCCUGCCUCUCACUGGACCAGCGGCGGGCCGACCACGUGGGCAUGUUCAGUAAAGGACUGCUGGUGGCCGUGACCCAGACGCUGCCCUGGUGCUCCGUCAGCCAGUGGGGACGGCUGCUGGGGGUCCUGAGGGAGCUCAUCACCUCUGCCCGCCUCUACGUCCCCUUCUCGCUGGAGUACGUGGAGUACCUGCCCCUUCUGGACCUGAGGAGGUUCUCCUGCGAGCUGCGCCUGUCCGUCCUCCUGCUCCGGGUCCUGCAGCUGCUCUGUGGGUCCAGCUGCUCUGACUGGCUGUCCGCUGAGGGGUGGGGGCACGUCGGCAGGUUAUACGCCCACGCCGUGAGGGAGGUGAUGAACUCAGUCAGAGCCAAGCUGCCCCUUCCUGCCUCGGCUCCUCUGACCAUCUCCACGCAUCCUAAAAUGUCCAAAUCCCCGCUGAAGUCCAAAGAGUCCCACAUGGAGGAGGAGGGGGAGACAGCUCCCUGCCAAGAGGUCCUCUUUGUCCUCAGCCAGCUCUUCUGCCAUGUGCAGCACAUCCAGGUAAGAGUUACACACAGCUGCCACGGAGAAGUCUGGAUUCUGAUUGGCUGGGAGGUUGAGCUAAAGAUCAAAGAGCUAGGGCUUAUGAGCGUUGCCCCCACCACAGAUGUCUUUUUUUAGAAGGUUGAAAACCACAAAUAUCUAAAUGUAUAGCUGUUUGUCUACAACUUUUAGAGAGUUUAAAUAACUGUUACUAAAGAAAUAUUUCACGUUUGAUGCAAGUAGAUGAUAUUAUAACUGUUAAAGUUACCAAAAGUAACAGUCAAUAUGUGACCCACUCUAUCAAAAAUAGUUGGAUGUUAAAGCAGCUCAUUCUGAGAUGGAUUUAUGUUUCCAACCUAGUGGUUGAUUUCAAACAAACCCAUUUUUGGGUGUCAGAAUAUGAUAUUGUUAUAGCCAUAUUCGGACCAUAUAUUUUAUAUCCACAAAAUACAUG